AUGCUGCCGACAAACACUCCGCUGGUCAACAUGCAGAAGAAGAACACGAAGGAUCAGGUCCUGGCCACCAGUGCGCUCAAGGACGCCAUGGGUGCCGAGAUGAAGAAUCGCCACGUGCCCGUAUACGUCAAGAUGAUGGCUGGCAUGGCCGGUGGUGUCGCCGAAGCCUGCAUUUUGCAGCCUCUGGAUGUGACCAAGACGCGUCUGCAACUGGACCGCACAGGUCAAUACAAGGGCAUGGUCAAUUGCGGCAAGACAAUCUAUAAGACCGAAGGCGGCCUGGCACUCUACAAGGGCCUCUCGCCUUUCGUGACCAAUAUGGUGCUCAAGUACGCUCUGCGCUUUGGCUCCUUCGCCUGGUUUAAGGAACAGAUUGCAGGUGGCAAAGAUAAGCCCAUCACCCCCACGAUCAACUUCACGGCCGGUUUGCUUGCCGGUUGCAUCGAGUCGGUUAUCAUUGUGACCCCGUUUGAGGUCAUCAAGACUCGCAUGCAAAAGGAGGUGGGCGUCGGUCGUUUCAGCGGCCCCAUCGACUGCACGCGACACAUUGUGCGCAACGAGGGCAUCCGUGCGCUCUGGAAGGGCAACAUCCCCACCAUGGCACGUCAGGGCAGCAACCAGGCCUUCAACUUCAUGGCCUUUGCGUGGCUCAACCACCACGUAUGGGACAAGCAGGACGGUGACGGCAAGACUCUGCCCACGUACGCUACGUUCAUAAACGGUCUCAUUGCGGGCUCCCUCGGGCCCAUGCUCAACACGCCUAUGGACGUGUUGAAGACGCGGUUGAUGGCCCAGGAAACUGUGGCCGGACAGGAGCUCAAGUACAAGGGCUUCUUUGACGCCAUGAAGGUCAUUGCCCGGGAAGAGGGCGUCGGUGCCCUGUGGAAGGGUGUGCUCCCGCGUCUCACGAGGAUGGCUCCAGGCCAGGCCAUCACAUGGUCUGUUGUCAUGCGUGUGACCUCCAUCUUCGAGAACCAGGAGCUGGAACUUGCUGACAACAAGAUCAAAAUGUAG